CCGAGAGGUCUCGCCUUCCAUUUUCGCCUCGAGGGGGGUCCAUAGAUGGUGGUCAGCAGAUCUCGAGCUCUCCUACUUUUUAUGGUGACCAGGUGGGGGCGAUCCUUGCAAUUUGUUUUUGAAGAAGAUAGUUGGAUCUGUCAAAGUCACAUCGCCAUGCCUUCCGCCACCAUGACCGCUCAAGAAGUUCGUGCAGUGUGGACGUCCGAAAAGGGGUCAAUGGCCAACCAGACGGCCGAAACCCGUUGGGCCAAAAUAAUUCAGGGUACCAUCGACGACGUUGGCGAAACAGCCGCCGCGGAGGAUGUUGACAGCCAGAAGAGGGCGGAGAGUAUUGCCAUUCAGAUUGCCCUGAAGGGCAUUAAGAAAGGAAUAGAACAGAACAAGCCCCUGACGCCCCUGCAAGACGACGGCAAGCUCGACAUUCAAGAGUGGAACAAGCAGCUGGCUGCAAUUGGCAAUUGCAGCUGGAAACACUGCCCUUGGCUCUUUGGAGAGUGCUACAUGUACAGAAGCAUCCAGAGGAUCCUGAACUCCUCGAAACACUGGCAGAAUUAUGAUAUUUUCAAACGCCAGAAAGACUCUACCUUUGUCAAGUCGAGGGCCGCAGUCGAGGAGCUCACUAGCCGUUAUAUGCAGAUCGUUGCCAAUACUCAACUGGCCCAAGACGAGAGCAAGGAGGAGGCCAAAAAAUUGCUUUUCAUCGAGAUGACCGAGAUUGCCCUGUGGGGAAACGCCACAGACCUGUCACUCCUCGCUAACCUGACCCUGGAGGAUUUGCAAAAUCUACAGGGCCGCGAGGCCAUCCAGAAGAGCCAGCAGAAUAUUGUUGACAACGACACUGACGACGUCUGGGCCUAUCUUCAGCGCACUUCCGGUCAGGCUAGUCGCCAAAUUGAUAUUGUCCUGGACAACGCUGGUUUCGAGUUCUUCACUGAUCUGCUCUAUGCCGCUUAUCUCUUGGACGCCGGCAUUGCUACCUCUGUCAGACUGCACACCAAGGAGUUCCCAUGGUUCGUCAGUGAUGUCAUAUCCGAAGAUGUCGAAUCGCUGUUCGAGCAUCUCGAUUCUUCCGAAUGUUUCCCAAGUCGCGAGUAUAUCGACCAACUCAUCCCGAGACUCCGCAAGUUCUUCCAGUCGGGAGCCAUCACGACCACGAGCGACUCCUUCUGGACAACGCCAUACUCAUUCCACGAGAUGCCGGUUAAGGCACCGGCACUCUUCAAGGAGCUCCAGAACAGCUACCUGGUCAUCUUUAAGGGCGACCUCAACUACCGCAAACUGACCAGAGAUGGGCUGUGGCCUCACACCACCACAUACGAGGAGGCUUUGGGUCCCCUAGGCAAGCAGAGCGGCGUCAAAAUCUUGUCCCUUCGCACGAACAAGUCCGACGUUUGCGUUGGCGUCCCAACCCAGAGCAAGGUGGAUGAAUUAAAUGAGAAGGCGCCCGGUGGUGCUUGGAUCCAGAACGGAAAGUAUGCCGUGGUAUCGUUUAAUGAGGGUCUGUGAUUUCCUUUGUCGCAUAGAUAAAUGCCCUUUACUUUUGAUCUGGGCGUUCUUUUUUGAUGUGGGCGUUGUGGAACGGGCUAAGUCAUCGUCCAUUCUUCUUUUAGAGAAUUGAUUAUCCAAGUCGUCGGCCAUGCAUGCGUCGCUUCCAUAUCUCGUAGUAGUCUAAUUACUCCAGCCCUUUCUGCCGAAUCUGUCAUCAAA